UCAUGGUGGUAGUGCAAGACAUAGUAAUAUAUAAACUAUAGCAGUGCAAGGAUAAGGUAAAAAAAAAUAUGGGCAUUAUAAGGGACUAAAGUAGACCGUAGGAUAGAUACAAAUCAACAGUCAAUAUCAAUAUUAGAGGUUUGAAGUUUGAGUAAUAGGAUUACAUCCAUUGCUCAAGUAUUAAGUUAGACCUCAGUCCAGCCUGGGGGAAGGAGGGAGGGAGGGGUUGUGCAUAUGAUUUAAAGUAACUAAACUAACUUAUUAAAAACUCAACUACAAGUAUCAUGUCAUAUUGGGUUGCAUGUCAAUCAGCAGCAUUUGUCAGCUACAAAACAAGACUGUAAAAAAACAGGCCUGGCAAUCACUACUUUGGUCAAUGAGUUUUCAAAGCAACAUGAGACCGCUAAGAGUUUCAGGUACAUUGUUAAGGAAAAUGCUAAAUUAUUUAGCGGGGACCAGUCUCAGAAAUCAAUCAGUCUUAUAAUGAUAUGAUGGACAUACACUAUUGUACAGGGAUUAGCAAGUUCUGCUAAUUGGCAUGCAACCUAAUUUGACCUUUUGCAGCCCUGCUUGUAAUGGUGAUUUACUUAUAUGAAAGUUAUUUUGGGAGGUGUUUACAUGGUUUUGUCAGCCCCUUACUGCUGUGUGAUCAUAUUGCUGUCAUAUUUCCACGCUGUUUUGUUUUAAAGUGGCUAGUUUUUCUUCAUCAGGUCAAGUGCACACACUGCAUAAUGCAGAACAAGCCCCACAGAGAGCCCAGAGUUGUGAACCCAAUUUUGCAGACACCCUCAUUUAAAGAACAGGGAGACAACAACAUGAUUCUGUGGGACUUGUUCUGCUUGUUGUGGAUAUUGCUUUGGAGACAGAGGGCAUUGUGUGGAGAUGAUAGUCAGAGAAAAAUAAACAAAGCGUUGAGCAGAACCGAUCCCACUUUUCACUUUUAGGGUCAGUGGUCGAAAUGGGCUCUCGGCCUCCAGGUCCCUGUGACAUGGAUCAGGUGCCCCAAUGUAUAUCUGCUGAUUACAUCUCCUGAAGUGGAAAAAAAUGCAAAUAAUAAAUGUAUGAGCAACGUGCUUGUUUUUUUGCUUGAUUAAUUAUGCCGUUUAAUUCCAGAUCCACCACGCCGCUCCACCGUAUAAUUUCCCAGUGGUCUUGGCUGUUUCUUCUCUCACUUGCGCUCUCUCCUUUUUUUUCCUCAUUGCAAAAUGAAUCAUGGAUCCAACCGUCUGUACCCGGGGGAGAGCGGCGAGCUGGCAAACGGGCUGACCAAUCAUGAGCAUCAGAGGCAGACACACAGACGGAGGGAGCCUUUUGUUGUGUGCUGCACUCAUCAAGUUAGAAGACAACUACCGAUUUGGCCUCAAGAAAAUGAAAAGAUGGAGAGCUUAUCCAAUCGGACUGGCCAGUGUGGGUGGCAGAGUCUCAGCGCCAUUCAUGAUAUCAACUGGGACCAUGGCCGCUCCUCUAUUCCCAGCCUGGCCAACCCUCUGUCAGCCUCCUGACAGUUCCAGUGGGUGCAGCGACUGGAGGGAGCAAGAGGGAGGGAGCGAUUUGAAACUCAGACCACGGAGUAGACAGCCUAUCAGUAUUCAGUAGAGAAACUCGAGGUGGUGUGGUGGGGGGGCACCGCCAGGGCAGAGCAGGGGCUCCGGAGAGGAGGAGGACAAGAAGAAGAAGAAGAAGAGGAGGAAGAGGAGGAGGAAGAGAAAGUGGAUCAGAUCAACAGCAGCAGACUGGAAACGCUUGAAAUGCCUGUCAGGUCUGAGUCCGUCACAUCCUCAACCAAUCAGAGCCUUCGUUAACAGCAGCGUCGGCACGUGAUUGGGAGAAGGAUGGCAACCAUGCCGUUUGUCAGUGAGGGGAAGUGUGUGAGUGUGGAGUGGGAUUUCCUACAAGGACUACUGGCCAAGCCUCCCACCCUUCCCUGUCUCCAGAACCUGCGUAAAGAGAAGUCUCGCAAUGCGGCUCGUUCACGGCGGGGGAAGGAGAAUUUCGAGUUCUUUGAGCUGGCCAAGAUGCUGCCUCUGCCGGGGGCCAUCACCAGCCAGCUGGACAAGGCCUCAGUCAUCCGGCUGACCAUCAGCUACCUGCACAUGCGAGCCUUUGCCAGCCAGGGAGACCCGCCCUGGAGCCCUCUGAUGGAGGGAGACAACAACUGCAGCAAAGUAAGACGAUCGUCUCAUUCUCUGGCCACUGACAUGUUUGAGCAGCACCUAGGGGCGCACCUCCUGCAGUCUCUGGAUGGCUUUGUGUUCGUGGUCAGUCAGGAGGGACGUUUUCUCUACAUCUCAGAGACAGUUUCUAUCUACCUGGGCCUCUCACAGGUGGAGCUGACCGGCAGCAGUGUGUUUGACUACAUCCACCCGGCGGACCACGUCGAGAUGGCCGAGCGGCUGGGAAUCAGGCCGCAUCUGAGGGCCGAGGCCGGCUGCCACACGGGCCCCGAGAGCGCUUCAAGCUCUGCAUCCACCUCCUCCCUGGCUGGUACCCCUGAACCCGCUCCGUCUAGUCCUCAUUCUCCUGCUGAUGAUCCUCCCGACCGCGGCUACUUCAUCCGCAUGAAGUCCACGCUCACCAAAAGAGGCCUGCACGUCAAGUCGUCUGGAUACAAGGUAAUCCAUGUGACGGGACGAAUCCGCUGCCGCCCAGCACUCGUGCCGGGCUCUGCGCGCUCAGUGCGUCGACCGAUGGGUUUAGUCGCACUGGCACACACCCUUCCACCCUCCACGCUUAAUGAAGUCCGCAUGGAGAGCCAAAUGUUUGUCUUCCGUGUGAACAUGGACCUACAGGUCACAUAUUGUGAGAACAGGAUCUCAGAGUAUAUGGAUCUGACCCCAGCAGAGGUGGUGGGACACACCUGUUACCACUUCAUCCAUGUAGAAGACCUGGAAAAUAUCCGGCAGAGCCAUGAGGACUUGCUGAGGAAAGGUCAGGUGGUGACCGGUUACUACCGUUGGCUCCAGAGGAGAGGAGGCUACCUGUGGAUCCAGUCCAGCGCCACCGUCUCCAUCAACCACAAAGCUCCACAUGAACGCAACGUCAUCUGGGUCAACUACAUCCUGAGUCGAACAGAGAUGCCUGACACUCCCCUGGAUAUACUGCAGCUACCAGAGAAUGUAAGAGCAGAGCGACUUCGAGUUAGCUCGUCUCCCACCGACAGCUCCCCGCAGGCCCGAGGCACGCAGCCAUUGAAGAGCUCAGUGGGGAAGAGUGACCUCGACACUAAAGGCAGAGAGAAAUUCACCGCCGCUGCCAUCCAAUCAGAAGACAGGAGGAAGCGCCUGCUGAGGUCCGACCCCGAGGGUGCUCCUCCCGAAACCCGUCGCAGACUGGAGGAGCUCCGUCACGCAGAGGAGAGUGUAUCAGCCUCCUCUGACCUGGCGAGCGAAAGCGAGGGGGAGGAGGAGGAAGAGACAGAGUGGGACCAGGGGGGAGACAGUGACAGAUUGAAACAGGAAGACACUGGAGGAGGUAAACAGAGUAGGGGAGGAGAGACCCCCGCUAGAGGGGAGAGGGGGAGCAGGGUGCACAACGGCCGGGCUGUGAUCCAGCAACUGAAGAGCGUAGUGACCCCGUCUCCCCUGGCUGGCAGCCCCAGCAUCAAGACUGAACACGAAGUCCUGACCACCGGGGGGCGCUGGGGGUCACACACACAAACCUCCACCUCCCACACACACACCACCCAGCCCCAACCCUCACAUGCACACACACCCUCCAGCAGCCUCAACGGCGACAGCCCCACCACCCCAAUCCCCGACUCUUCUUCCAGCAGCGAGGCCCCCCCAAAAGGGUUGUUCACUCCCCCGUCCCCGGCUCUGUCCCCCGCCAUGUCCGUGUCCUCCCCGCUGCCCCGUGAGGACAGGGUUGUGUCGGGGGUGGUCAGUAGGAGCAGCGGCGGUGCAGGUAGCGCUCCGGACUUUGAGCUGCUCCAGAGACUGGCUGCAGGCGGCGCAGCGGGGCGGGUCCUCUUCCACCCCCUGGCCCUCGGCCCACAGGGCCCUCAGAGCCUCUACGCCCCCAGCACUAUCCGCUACGCUCCACCUGAGCUGCCCCCCUCCCACCACCACGGCUUAGAACACAGCGAUGGCCUGCAGCUUCGCUCGGACCACCACAAGGGACCCCCGCCAGCCUUCUUCCCCCACCUACAGCGGUUGGCUGGCUUGCCACCCUUCAGUGGUUUCUCCCCGUCUGACAGCCCUUUCUCCUCCGGCCUGCCCUUCUGUAUGAAUGGACUGAGGGGGGCUGCGGGCUCCGAGGAAGACUGAGACUCAGACAGGAAGGAGGUGAGAGAAAAAAAAAAAAAAAAUGAAGGACGGAGCAGAGAGACGGACCAGAAAGAGAGACGUUGUAAAGGGCAGGAGAGACAGAAGUGGCAGGACAUUAAGUCUCUAAGGACAUUACUAAUUGGACAAUGAGUUGAAUAACUGCGAUUUAAAAUAUUUGACAAGUCGCUGCCGUAGGGAAUUAUUGUGUCUGCUCAUUGUGGACAAGUGACAGUGACUCUCAGAGAAAACAGGACGUGGAAACUUUUGACUGGUUGUCCCUCAAGACUUUUCGUCUCAACAAUUAUGAACUCUGCUCUGUGUCUUCCUCUAGAUGACUGUGUUGAUUUCUGUCUCUUCCACUCAGAGAAGCCAUAUUGUAAAUAGAGACAAAACCAUAAAGACCCUCAGCUCAAAUCCUCCUCACUGUCACUCCAAUUAACCCAAUUAACCCUAAAGCCAGUAGAAAGAGAUGGACACUUGUCCGUAGGAAUGAAAGCAACUUUGAAAUAUACAUUUUUAUUAUUGCAGUAUUAUACAAAUCAUCUCUUACACUGAGAUCCAGGUGAGAAUUUGAUUCUAGGGUUCAAAAUAGACGGAGAAAGCCCUCUGGUGUUUUUGUAUUGAGAUUUAAAAUGAUAAUGAUAAAAAUAAAUCCAAGUAUUCAUGAGUCAGCCAUACUUAAAGCACACUGUUGGGACAAAAGUAUGAAUAAUGUAGUCCCAGACAUUCCAUUAUAUAUAAGGGAAGAAAAUGCAAUGCAGACAGGAUGCUAUUUCUGUUGUUUGGUUAUCAGAAGAUUGUUUGUUUAACUGAGUAUUAAUUAUAGUAUAUUCUGUAUGAUGCCGCGGUUGUGUUUGUGUAUGAAAGCCAUAUUCUUGUUUUGUUUUUUUAUUGAUGAUUAUUUUCUCACCAGAUAAAACAGGUGGAAGGGUGGUGUGAAAGUUGUGUCUAGACAAACAAACGUUUUAUUGGAGGUACAAUAUCAUCCAAACACCUUUUUUUUAUUAUUCUCUAAAAGAUAUUUCUGAAAAUGUUUUUAGGAGGGGAAAUGGUGCUGGACACAAGUGUUUGUCAUCAUUUAAACCUCUGUGUUUUUUUCUGAGCACUUACUGAAAUUUGUUCUGGUGUGAACUCAAAGCACUUCAUCACUUAGCACUCACUCACACAGUGUAGUAGAGGAGAUAAAUGGUCAUUCAAAAAGGCAGAUAAAUAAACAGACCACCUGUGGUCAAUAAAAAUAACCUUAGAGUUAUGCUGAUUUUGGUUUCAGUUCAACUUGGUCAACUGGAAGUAAAGUUUUAAAUAAAAUUUCAAUUUCUCACUAAUUGAUGGGAAUUACUCGUAGGACUCAAAAAACAAAUACAAAACACUAUAAAAAAAUGUUUAAUCAGUGGUUAAACUGAAAUGAGUCACAAACAAGUUGGCAGUUGUCUAAAAGAUACUCAGACAAUUGAGAAUGUUCAUUCCAAAAUGUGACCCUUUUUGACAAAAUGUUGGUAUCAAUACAGCCAAACACUUUAAUAAGAAAUUGUGACAAUGAUACUGACAUUGAUAUGAAUACUCAGAAAUAAACUAUUCAGAUACUUGUCUAGCACUUUGGAAUAAAGUCCUUCAAACUGAUUGAAAUACGCAGAUUUGUAAAAUCUGUUGAAAGCAGUCUUCAAAAUGAUCCACAAAGCCAGACACCGUAUGUACAAUGUUAUUGUUUCGCUUCCAAAUUGAGAUUAUGGUGGACCGUCUGAUCUGAGGGCUCAAUUUAUGUGGAAAUCUCUGACGUUGUGAUGUCUGACAGAAAAAAAAGAUAUUCAUAUUCUCGGGUGUUUAAUGGUAUAACGUGUGUAUGAUUGCGUGUGUGUGCGUUUGCUUGUUCAAGUGUGAAUGUUUUUUUUAUUAUUAUUAAAUAGCUAACCCCUUGCCCAUCACUGUGAAUCUAACGUUAUCCCCCCAUCUUUGUGAAUACUCCACCCACUCAUCAAAUAAAAUGAACAAAUGUAAAAAGAAAAACAGUGAUACAGAUGACCAUAACAAUAAAAUAUUCCAGUAGAGGAGCACAA